AUAAUUAAAUUAUUGUGUUGACGUAAGCAAUCACCUCCCUCUCGAGUCUCACCGUCGGCCAUUGACAAACGGUACAUGCAUAAAUCAAACUAAAAUUUGACUUUCUGUUGAUUUUCCCACCCAACAAAUUCAUCAAUGGCCGUUGCCUUCUUCUUGUCUUAUUAAAUCAUUUCUGCUCCUGCAAAUAUUCUUCCUCGCGACUUCUCUAUAUCUAUAUAUACACAAAGUAUUCUUCUGAUUAUUUCACGUUCAUUUCUCAUUCAUAUAACAAUGGAGGCCUACUCUUCUAGCUCUUCCUCUUCCUCUUCAUCAACACUCUACUUUUCGCAAUACCCACAAGAAGGAAAGGGCCUGAAAGUAUCACAAAUGAUUCAUUCUGUUCGUAAGCCCCAGCUGAAGCCAUGGAAGAAACCAAUUGCACCUUUGGCACCAACUCCGCCGAGAGUCUACAAAGUCGACCCUAUAAACUUCAGGGAUCUUGUUCAGAAGCUCACCGGUGCAGUACCUGAGUCCUCGCUGCCUCAGCAGCGGCUCCAACGUGUGGCGCCUCCUCCACUUAAUCUUCAGAAAGAAAAACCUGCAUUGUUUAGCAAAGAGUUCGCAGCAGCACCAACUCUGCAGCUUCUUCCUUCCCCUGUAGAAACCCCAUUUUCUGAUUUAUAUCAGGAGUUGAUGUCUGAAACACCUGCUGAUCCAAAACCUAGGAAGGUGUCGGAAAGUGUAAUAGCAUCGAAUUCUCUCGAACUGAAUCUGCUGUCCCCAUCUACUCAUGUUUGGUGUUCGUUUCCUCUUCUGAGUCCUGGAACGCUUUCCAGUUUGGAGCAAAGCACGGUCCUGUAAUUUAGUGAAGCAGCUUAGUUUCUUGCUUCAUUUCCCCUUUCUUUAAGCUUCAAAGAGAUGAAGAAAAUAUAAAAAUACUCUUUUUUUU